AUGACAACACCACCCGGCGAACCAAGUCCCCCUGCCAAUCCUCCACAGCCGCCAGUGCCGCCCCAGCCGCUGCCGCCAACUCCGACACAACCACCCCCGAAGCCGUCCUCCACUGCGACCAAGAAACCGCGGCAGAGAAAGCGCGCCGACCCCGCCCAGAAGCAGAAGGACGAGCCCCCGCCCCAACCGCAACAGGCCCCUCCUGCUCCUGCUGUCCACCCACCCGCCCAGCCCUCCUACCCUCCCCCCCGCGGCCCCAUAUUCCAGCCAUACCCCGGGCCUCCGUACCACAUCAUGAAUCCCUCGUACCCGAUGAACGGUUCACCAUACGGCCAGCACCCCCAGCACCCACCUCCACACGGCCAGCCCAUGAAUCCCGGCCAACCUAUGUCCCCCCAUCCGCCUCCGCCUCAGUAUGCCUAUCCGAUGCACAACCCGUACCCACACCACGGCUACCCACCGUACGCACAGUAUCCCCAGCCCAUGAUGAUGUAUCCUCCUCCUCCGCGCCAGAGCCUCCCUCCCGACACGCCACAGCCCGAUCCGUCAGCCUCGGCUUCCACCACGGGUACGAAGCGCAAGCGUAAGUCGAUGACUGAAGGUGGACGCGGUAAAGCUGCUGAGAGAGGUUCUGAUGAAGACACCGCUGCGUCAGGCAGUGAUGCACCACGUCCAUCUGCGACGCCCCAGCAGACCUCGUCGAGUGUGGUCGAUCUCAAAAAGCGCACCAAGACGCAACGAGCAUGCGACUCAUGUCGCAGUCGGAAAAUUCGAUGCGACGUUAUUCUUGAUUCGGAACCGCCCGUCUGCCAGCAUUGCAAGCAGUACGGAUUUGAGUGCACCUUUUUCUUGCCUAUUACGGAAACGCGAUUCAAGAAGAAGAAAUUAGAAGAAGAAGCAGAAAAGGAAAAAGCCGCCACCGCUGCAACAUCACCAGAGGCUCCGAAAGCUGGCCCCUCGCACCAGGGUUCCGCCCCGAAACGCGACAUUGGAGUUUUCGGACCUACCUCAACUGCACACCUAUUGCACUCUCAAGCUACCAUCAAUUCUCGCGUCUACGAAAACUAUGAUCAACGAUACCAGCACACCUUCGAGGUCAGCAAGUCCGGCGACGGGUUGAUCCAAGUGCAGAAGCCGUCGAGCGAAGAUCAGGCGGCGAUGGUCCAUUCCAAGCCGCUGGAUCUGCACGUUGAGCGCGACGUCAUCGAGAACCUCAUAAACGCCUACUUUACCGAUGUGGCGCCUAUUCUCCCCAUCGUUACCGAGGCCGAGUUUCUUGCGACUCCGAACCCGCCUCCGGUGUUAAUUUACUCUAUGUGCCUGGUCGCGGCGGCCAGGCGCGAGGUACCGCAAAACGUGUUUGACUCGAUCCGGUACACGGUCAACGCCAUCCUCAAGGCCGAGGAUGUCCUCUCGACCGCGAGCAUCGUCAACGUGCAGGCCCUCCUCAUUCUGUGCAUGACCGGAGACGGUCACUCGCAGUUUGUUCCGAACGCACUGUCGGCGCUCUGGAUCCGCUUGGGCGCGGCCAUCAGAAUGGCACAGGAUCUGGGGCUGCACAGGGCGGAGUCUGUGAAACAGAACAUCGAGCUGCGGAGGCGCCUCUGGGGCGCCUGUCUUAUCAGUGACCGAUGGACAAGUAUAGCGUAUGGACACCCGUACAUGAUUGACGUCCAGGACUGUGAUACUCGUCUACCGUCGUCUGGCGAUCCGACUGAUCUCUACAUGGAUGAGCUCGUACGCCUAAGCAUCCUCCUUGGCCGUGUUCAAAAGACCAUCUACAGUCCAUCUGGCCUGACUUUUACAACGGAUGACAUGUUGGAGGACUUGCUUUCAGACAUGAAGCGUUGGAAGGAAGGUCUACCUGACCAUCUCCAGUUUGUAGGCCCAGAAACCUCAAGGACAGCUGGUCUUCUUCACCUGCUUUACGGCUGCGUAUGCAUGAUGUUUUGGCGGGUCUUUAUGAGGAUCAGCUACUCUUGUCCAGCACAUCUCAAAUUCAGCUUGACUGUUGAGCAGUGGACCGAGCUCGUUCAAAUGACGUCUGACACCAUCGAUUGGCUAGAUACCCACGAAAGAGUGUAUGACGUCUGGUUGCCCAUCGCGUAUGGAGCGACUUCUUGUGCACUUGUUCAGUACCAUACUUUCAUCCGACGGAAGGAUGAGCAAGCUCAAGCGAAGCUGCGCCAGCUUCGGGAUUGUGUACGAAGAUGGGAAGGAGCCAUUUCGCCUGACCAUAUGUCCGCUAGACGCAAGACGGCGGAGAUUAUCGCACUGCUUUACGAAGCUACGCUAGGCCCCCAAUUGCCUAUAGAGACCCCGGCGCUUAACCCCACGGGUGGUGUCACCUCGAAGCAGCCAGUCCUGCUGGACUACAAGAAGGACCCCACGCGUCCUGGCGGAGGCGUCUUCGUCGCCCAUGGAAAGCCCGCAGAGCUCAAGGACCUGCCCGAAGGGACCGUCAUCAGUGGGUCCUCGGAAGAUGGAGACGGAGAAUCUGAAGGUGAGGUAGCGUCGCUUGUAGCAGCGGCUAACGCUGCUGCUACAACUUCAGCUGUUUCUCCUCCCGCUGUGAACGAUAAUGACCGUGCUCGCGCCCAUUCGUCCCCCUCGUCAUCGUCGAUCCCUGCGUCACCAUCCAUGUUCGCCCCUCCUGCGCCGUCUAACGUCUCGUUGCGCUCGCCGUCCAUGUUCUUUGCCAAUUCCGCCUCUACUUCACCCUCGUCAUCCCGGAUUGCGGUGUCGGCGGUUCGCUCUUUUUCAGCUAAUGACCACCAAUUGCAGCACUCGGUUGUUGCCGGCAGCUCAACGACCGCCCCGUUGGUUAAUCUGACACCCCUGACUGGUGGUGGACGAGGAGGACACUUCAUGAACGUCAACCCGGCCAUGAAUCUCCAAGCUCAAUCCGCCCCCGGGAACGUGCAGGUCAUGAACGUUUUGGAUGCUGCACAGGGAGGCUCGAACCUUGCCGACUAUGCUAUGGCUGAUAACGGCUUCUUGGAGGGUAUUCCUGGACAGAUGUUCGAUUGGGGUCAAUGGGAUACUUUCUUCUCUAGAUUCGGCAACACUGCCCAUGGAGGAUUCCAACAAGGACAAGCCCCGGGCCAAGGCCAGCAGCAACGUGCUACCUAA